AUGACUGCAGAAGACUUGCUUGUGAAAUGUAAACCGAUGGAAGACCAGGAGAGCACUGAAACGGCGCUGUUAGUCGCUUCCAUCAAAGGGCAUGCCGACAUCGUGAAACUUCUGCUCCGCAAGGGGGCGUCCGUAACGAAGAGAAACCAGGGUAUAUCUUGUGCCCCCCUUCAUGGAGCGGCGGGCAACGGGCAUACGGAAGUAGUGGACUUGCUGGUAUAUCACGGUGCAACGUUAGACAUCCGGGACGCGUUCCUGAGGACGCCGCUCAUGGCUGCCAUUAUUUUCAAAGAAGUCGCCACUGUCCGGCAACUGAUCGAGUUCGGAGCGAGAGUUGACCUGGCCGACGCGCAGGGCAAUACGACCCAGCAGUACUGCGAGUAUAACUUCUUUGGAGAAGACUGCGACUGCGCACUUAAAGAGAUGAUGGAGCUGGUACAAGAGGCGACGAAGAACAAGCUGCUGAGAUGCUGCAACCCUACGUGUGGCAAACCGGGCUACAGCCCACAAUGUCCUCAUCAGAAACCCACAGGAAGUCCUCCCUUCAGCGAGUCGCUGGCCGCGCUGAUGACGUCACCUUUCCUGGCCACGCUACUGACAUGGGCGGAGGAUAUUUUUACUAAAGUAAAUUCGGAGGUAGGUGCCGACAUUGACCACGCCCAGGAAGACCAGGAGAGUACUGGAACGGCGCUGUUAGUCGCUUCCAUCAAAGGGCAUGCAGACAUCGUGGGGCUGCUGCUCCGCAAGGGGGCGUCCGUAACGAAGAGAAACCAGGGUAUAUCUUGUGCCCCCCUUCAUGGAGCGGCGGGCAACGGGCAUACGGAAGUGGUGGACUUGCUGGUAUAUCACGGUGCAACGUUAGACAUCCGGGACGCGUUCCUGAGGACGCCGCUCAUGGCUGACAUUAUGUUCAAAGAAGUCCGGCAACUGAUCGAGUUCGGAGCGAGAGUUGACCUGGCCGACGCGCAGGGCAUCUUUGGAGAAGACUGCGACUGCGCACUUAAAGAGAUGAUGGAGCUGGUACAAGAGGCGACGAAGAACAAGCUGCUGAGAUGCUGCAACCCUACGUGUGGCAAACCGGGCUACAGGUCCACCCUGAAGCUGUGUGGCCGGUGCAAGCUGACCCGGUACUGCAGUCGAGACUGUCAGAAACAACACUGGACUGUCGGACACAGGAAGAGCUGCGGACAUGACACGUGCACUGUCAGUGACGGACUUAGGACCUUCCUAAAAUGA